AUGACGACUUCGCUGGUCCUGCAUCCACGCUGGGCGGACACCUUGAUGUACCUGUAUGAAAAAAGCCCGAAUGAAAAUAAUCAGAAUAAAAGCCAAAUUAUGGAGGGAUUAAGCGGGAAUUGCCCUGCGACUCAUUGCAGGGACCUGAUCUCACACCCAGCGUUGGGGCGACAUUCCGGCACCAUAGCGACUCACCAGGGAUCCGUGUACUCGGAUAUAUCUUCCCCUGACACUGGGCGACAGUGCCCCGCUCCUCAGACGUCAUCCAGCGCUUCUCUGAGCUACGGCUACCCCUUUGGAAACCCCUACUACGGUUGCAGAUUAUCCCACUCGCACAACGUGAACUUGCAGCAGAAACCUUGUUCUUACCACCCUGGAGAGAAGUAUGCCGAGCCGAGCACCACUUUGCCCACGGAGGAGCUCUCCAGUAGGGCAAAAGAAUUUGCUUUCUACCCGAGCUUUGCCAGCUCGUACCAGGCUGUUCCAGGAUAUCUUGACAUGUCGGUGGUUCCCAGUAUUAGUGCACAUCCAGAGGCACGUCACGAUGCAUUGAUCCCCAUGGAGGGCUAUCAACAUUGGGCACUAUCGAAUGGCUGGGAUGGACAGGUGUACUGUUCGAAGGAUCAAACACAGUCUUCUCAUCUUUGGAAAUCUCCGUUUCCAGAUGUUGUUCCGUUGCAGCCUGAAGUCAGCAGUUAUCGCAGAGGACGCAAAAAGCGUGUUCCCUAUACCAAGAUACAACUGAAGGAACUGGAAAAAGAGUACGCAGCAAGCAAAUUUAUCACCAAAGACAAAAGACGGCGCAUCUCUGCUACAACCAAUCUCUCUGAACGUCAGGUUACCAUUUGGUUCCAAAAUCGCAGAGUGAAGGAAAAGAAGUUUGUCAGUAAAUCCAAGUCAAAUAACCAUAUGCAUACUUGAUGUUUCGUACUUUUCCCAACAGCUUACAUCCUUCCGUCCAGAAAGUCCGAUAUUUACCUCUGUUCAAAAAACAUGAACUAAGAACAUCCGUUCAGCGUUCCGCCUAACCUGCCAUCUUAGCUAUAAUUUAAUUUAAAAUAUGCACACAAUAUUCUUCCAUACUCGCUGAAUCUUCGGCCUUUGGGACAUAUGCUAUAGAACUGUGAAAAUACAGAAACAACAUUUCAACUUGGCCAUUUUCUAUGAAUGUAAAUAUAUAAAUAGUAUGUAUUUAAAUUGAGAUAUCAACGAGACACAUGGUUUACGUGCAUCUGAAAAUGAAAAAAGACGCAACACUUCGCUGUCUCCUCAUUUAUGCGUCAAAGCCAACAAAGCAGAAGAACAAGCACGAGGAGAUAAAAAAAUCUAUACGGGCCACCUUGGAAGAAUAAGGACUUGUUUAAACUCGCAAGGCUAUAGCAAACAUUGAACUCAGAAACGAACAAUAACCAUCAUUUGCUUUUGGUGGAGAUGACAACGAUUUUGCUAGAAUGAGCCUUCGAGAUUUCAAAAGCUUAAUGGUUCACUGUUGGAUAUACACAUUGCUUUGUUAUGCCGGUGGGAGCCAGGCUGCUAUAUUAAAUGUACAGUUAAUGCUACUGUUAUUUAAUUUAGAUUUCGCAAAUGACAGGUCUGUAAAAAGGCAUGUUUCAAGAUCAUCUGUAUAAGUCCAUAUUAGCAGUGAAGGAUAUGACUACCAUG